UAUACCUAUACACAUUAAUUUGAAACAUUGUGAUAGAACUGUAGUUUUUACAGCACGAAAAACGUUGGGAACACAAGAAUCACGUUUUAAUAUAGCUGAUAUUCUUGUCAAGUGCCUGCCAAUCCCAUAAUCCUGGACGUCAAUCACCGGGCUCUUUACAUAGGGAGAGCACCAUAGUGGGUUAAGAAUUAUAAGAAACCCCACUUGACAGAUAUAAGUUUUAAAUUUAUUUUCAUAACAGAGAACAUCGCUGAUUGUGACAACGAAUCAUCUGUAUAUUGCGGCAGAAGCGGAGACUGAUCCCUGAGAGCAAAGUGAUCUAUUGAUAUAGGGAGGGUGUUUUAGUGUUCUUCAAUUUUUUUUUUCUUUUGCCUUUAGAAUUUUUCUAAAGCGAAGUAAGCACAUAAUCCAGCCAUCAAUAACAUGUCAUCAUCAUCAGGUAGAGGACCAACGCCUCCCACGAAUAAUAGUCGAUAUAGCGAAUACGAGCAUUAUGAUUAUGACUAUUCCAAGAAUGGUGGUUCAUCAUCUAACGUAGGAGGUUCUAAGCGACCUCCAAAGAAACAGCAAUUUCAUCUGGGUACAAGUGGAACCUCUUCCAGACGGGACUUCACUAAAUCAUCAUUACCCGGUUCUUCAUCGCUCACACACUCUAUGAAUGGGCCCAGCGACGACUACUCCGGGUCUGUAAAUCAAAACUCGGGUCGUAGAUUUGGCCUGAACAGAGGCGGAGCAUAUGGGUCAUAUGGAGGAGGUGGUGGAGGAAAUCACUACUCUGGCGACAGAUAUGGAUACAAUAAGCCAUGGAGAUCUGGAUCUGGAUCUGGAUCUGUUUCUGGGUCUGGUCCAUCUGGGUCUGGGUCUGGAUCUGGGCCAUCUGGUGUACAUGAAGUUUCUGGCGUUGCGAACUCUUCACCACAAUCAUACAAUGUACGCCUGUCCAUGAAUGGCAAUCAUAACAAUAACUAUAGAAGUGAUAACUCAGUUCGAGAUAUACGAGAUAGUACUGGCGGUGCUAUACUGCCUUCGUUUGGCGGUAAUAGUGGCGGUGAGUAUAGAAAGGAUAGAUAUGAUUCUUAUUCCGGGAACAACAAUAAUAACCUCAACAAUAAUGUGAACAACUCAUCUAGAAGCUCUCUUUCCAAUUCCGUGUCCUCGAGACCACCUUUUCAAUCAAAAGACCGUCUGAGACUUAAUACAUUCCACGUCGGCGGAGGCCAAGGAAGUGGAAAUUUGCUGACUAGCGGAGGAAAGAGAAGUGAUACCUACUACCCUUCACGCAACUACAACUCCCUCAAUCAACCUUCAUUCAAUGGAAAGCAAUUAGACAGAUACUCCAAUAAUAAAUAUCGUGGUUCGUCAUCGUUUAAAAAGGGGAAAAGAGGAUAUGGAGAUGACAUUGAUAACGCAUAUGAUCAAAGACGAGAUUAUCGUAACUAUCAACAUGGGUACUCUGAAACUUCAACAGAGGAAUAUCAUAAAACAUCCUACGACAAUAACGUCCAUAGGUUCAAAACUAACAAUAAAGAUACCAAUACUGAUAAUAGCGGUGGUAGCAGUGCCGUUGAUCCUAACAGUACAUAUGAAAGUAUACAUGAAAAGGAUAUUAAUUCAAGUUUGAAGGAAGGAGAUAUUUCUAAGAAUAGUGAAGAGGGGCAAGAAGAUGACGAGGAAGAAGAAGAUGUGACUCGAAGCACAAGAAAUCGUAACAUUCUUGAUGAUGCGGAUGAGGAUGAAGAUGAAGAGGAAGAGGAAGAGGAUGAGGUGGAUGAUGAAGAAAGUACUCCAAAGCCUGAAAUCAAACUAGAGGAUGAAAAGGUCAAAGCGGAACAAAAUAUUCAAUCCGUUGAUGUAUCGAAUGAAGUGUGCUACGCAAAUGGGUGUAACUUUCCUCUCAACUAUCUCGAUACGAAGUACCUUGAACUCCAAGAAGAGUUUGAAACUUUGGAGAAACAUGAGGAAAAAUAUUCAAUGGUUAUGAAGUAUUCUGUUGAAAAGCCCACUUUAGAUUUCAAAGAACAUGCAUUUUAUAUUCAAAACAUCAAGGCGUACAUAAACCACAAGAAAGAUUUUCUUUCUACGCAAUUGAAUAAGAAUGCAAUUGCAAUGAAACAGAAGAAGCUUUCGCUUUGGAACAAAAUGAACAACGAUGAGAAGAAAUGGAAAGUCAAAAGUAUCAAUAUGGAUCAACAAUUAUCAAUUAUUCAUUCUGCUGAUGAUGAGAUGAGGAAAGAAUUGGACUCUAUUGAUAUCAGAGCGAAACAUGACACAUUACCGGAAGCAACUACUGGAGCUGCUGCCGAUGACCAUUCGAGCGUUGGCGCGCAAUCAGGUGUAGGAAAUGGAGGGCUUCCAGUAUCUGGUGGUGGACGUCGUAAUCGUAGACAUGGAGACCUCGUGACAACUGAGGCAGAAUUUCAAGAAAUUCUUCAAUCCUUGGGAAGAGAACAGGCAGAAGACCCCAUGGUAAAGGCUGAACAUGUUGCUGCUAAGAUACCAGAUUUUAUCUUGGAUCCAAUACAAAGAAACUACGUGAAAUAUAUGGACUCCAAUAAUAUAGUGCAGGAUAAGGAUGUUUGGUCUAGACGAAUCCAUAGUGAUUUUGAUGAUAACUUUUCAGCUGAAGAACAUGAGCUAUUUACUGAGGGUUUCUGUAUCAAUCCCAAACGAUUCGGGGCUAUUUCAAGACACAUGGGUGGUUUGCGUAGCGCAGAAGAAUGUGUGGUACAUUAUUAUGUUUCCAAGAAAGAUGUUAACUAUAAGCAAUUGGUAUCGCAGUACAAAAAGAAAGCUAAUAAGAAAAAUAAUCGUCGUAAAAAUGCCAAACCAAGAUCUGUUUCACUGUCUAAUACUCCAAUUUCCACUCCAGCUACAGACAGUGUGAAUGAAGAAAUUGCUGUGGAUACGUCAGCACAAGUGAAGACUUCUGAAGAAUUAUUCACAGAAACUGGAAGACGUAAGCGUGCCGCAGCACCAACUACAUUUGAUACCAAGCAUGAGAAGAGUGAGAAGAAGGAUAUUACUGACGAGCAACCAAAGAAAAAGGUCAAGAAGUCGAAGCCUGAAGGGGAAGAUCACGCUGUGGAUGAGAAACAUGAUAUUAUUGUUCCUGAAGCAACAACUACUUCUGCCGUUGCGGAUGAAACUACGCUAACCACGGACUCUUCUCAGCCUCUGUCCGUUCCUCCUAAGACUCCACUUGUUCCAGUGGUAUCAACUGCUGAAACUAUCGAAAAUAGUUCUAUUGAAGAAACUCCAGUCGAGGAUGGGAAUCUGACAAACAAAAUUGAAAGUUCAUCAGCCCCUAUUCCAAUUCAAGAUACGGCUACCGACAAUGAAACUUUUCAAGAUAGUCACACAUUUUAUGAUGGUAGAGAGGAUAAGAGAAGAGCAAUCACCAGUUAUUGGAGUAUUACAGAAGCCACAGUCUUCCCUGAGCUAUUAGCGGAACAUGGAACGAAAUGGACCACAAUAGCCGAUAAACUAGCUACUAAAACGGCUACUAUGGUGAGAAACUAUUUCCAAAGAAAUGCUGAAAAACAGAACUGGGGAGAAGUGGUUCGUAUUGCUGAUGCUAGAUCUGAAGCUAAGUUUGCAGCAGUGAUUGGAACUAAGAACGACAUUGGUGAGCCUAUCUCCAAUCCAUCGCCUUCUUACUCAUAUCAUGGGUAUCCUGAAUCCCAAGCGCAAACUACUGCCAUCGUGUCUACUCCUGGUAUUGCUAUAGGCACUUUCCAACAUAAUAAUUCUCAUCCGCCAGUAGUCGGUGCUGUUGUGGAUAAACAACCAUCUCAAGUCCCACCUGCGAGUAUUAAUAAGGGUGGUCAUUCAAUCACUUCUCUUUUACUGAACGAUGAAAUAACCACCCCAACUGUUACAUAUCAAUCUUUCAAGCAACCAGAACAAAAACAGGUUUUGACUGACACUCAACCAGUCAUAACUACACAUAAACCACCUACUUCUCCACCACAAAGAUCGUCAAUUAUGAGUUUAUUGAACUCGGACAGUAGUCCGGCAAAACCUACAAAUAUUGUUUCCAAUGGACCAACUAUGCCACGCAAAACUACCUUGACAUCAUUACUCAACUCCCCACAGUCUACUGUAUACGAGGGUCCAUCUGGACAUGGACUAAGCAAUUUACUCUCCGCAACCGAAGUUUCUCCACCCCCAUACACUGGGCCAAAGUGAGCUAAAAGAGGAAAACAAAAACUUCAUAAAAAUAUCAUCUACAACACAGAACCUUUGUACUAUAUUCAUUCAGCUAGGAAGUGAAAAUCAAAUCAAAUAUGUAUCAUAGCAAUGAGGAGUCGUCAAUUGAUAUUCCUACCCUCAUAA